UGUAAAUACAAACAAGGGCGCCAGAACGUGUGUUUUUAAAAUGCCAAAAACAUUGAUAUAUCAUGUACCAAGAUGAGAAAGUCCGAUAUAAAUCUCAAGUUAGACUGAUUUGACCAGAGUCAGAGGCCUGAAAUGCAAAACAGUUACAAAAUAUUCAUUCCUGUUGAUGGGAUUAAGUACUCUGAUUUGUUUGACUGGUCUGAUCCUACACAAAAAUGUAAAUUAGUACAAACUACAAUACAGCGUCCUGGUUUACUGCGACAGAAUAGUAGAACUGGUUCCUUAAUCAACUGUAAUGAGCAGAAAAUAGCCUUGUUCAGACAUGGAGAAGAUGUGUUUGCCAUUAAUGAAAAAUGUCCACAUGCAGGUGGUCCACUUCAUUUAGGAGACAUUGAAGAAAUGCCAGAUAAUACUUUAUGUAUACGAUGUCCUUGGCAUAGCUGGAGGUUUGAUUUACUGACUGGGAAAGUAAGAAUGCCAAAGGGACAAAACCGUGAAGCCAAAGUUUAUCCUGUUAAUGUUGCAGAAAAUGGACAACUCUCUAUAGGGUUUGAUGAAUUUAAUGCAAGAUAUUUCAGUGGAGACAUUGAUUUUUAAUCAUAGUAGAUAGUACGAGGGUAACCAAUAACCAAGAAGACGAUAGGCUGCAGUCUAGAAAAAAACAACAUUACUCCUUAUUUAUUUAUCAAAGAGUCUAGUGAAUAGAAGACUGCAGAAAAAGGUUUUGUGAUUAUCAUUUUCUUGAAAGGUGCAAAAAAUAGCAAAAAGUGUGUAGUUAAAAUUGACAUAGUUCAAUUUUAGCUCUCUUUAAGGUAACCUUGUUGAAUUAAUCUAUCAAGGAAAAAUUUAUGUUACAUGUACUAAAAUGUACCAUGUAUGUUUCUUUUUUAAAGAUAAGGACUUUUAAUCUAUUUAUAACCAAACAUGGCUACCAGAAAAGGUAGAUUUUAAAUCCAAAUAGGGCCUUUAUUACACUUCCUCAUUUUUUUAAGUAUUACUAUUAGGAAAUUUUGUAAACAAAUGCUUCUUUUAAGAAGGCAAAUUAUGAAUUUUACCAACCAAAAUUGAAUACAUUUUGUCCUGUCAAAAUUGGAGUUAAACGCUAUGUGCAGUGAAAUUACACUAUAAGUGUUUACAUAAAAUUAUGUUAGUUUUUAGUAAUGAAAAAUUGUAUUUAUGGGUGUAUAUAAAAAUAAGAAAAUAUGGUAUGAUUGCCAAUGAUACAACUCUCCACAAUAGACCAAAUGACACAGAAAUUUACAACUAUAGUUCACCGUACGACCUUCAACAAUGAGUAAAACCCAUACCCCAUAGUCAGCUAUAAAAGGCCCCGAAAAUCCAUUUUCAAAGUGGCUUAUCUUUGGAUAUCGUUUUGUUAUUAGUUAUUUGAUGGUUUUGAAUUAAGGAUGUUCGCUACUCUUGUUUUUGACUUUUUGUCAGAUAUCCGGAAUCCUCCAAGUUUUAUCCACUUUAGUGCCAAUAAAAAUUUUGCCCGCUAACCCCUAUUUUUCUUUUCAUAAUUUUAUUACAUAUAGUUUAAAUAGCCAUAUUUGAAAAUGCUGUAAAAUCCUUGUUAUUUUUUCAUAAUUUUUUUUCAAAAAAAGGGUGCCAAUGUUAAAUGUAUGAAAAGUCUAGAGAGAAUUAUUUCCCUCCAAAUUUUCAGUGGCUUAUAUCUCGAAAACAAGCACACGGACCCUUAAUUUUUUUCUGGUUUUUUAGUUCCUUUAUUUAUAUACUAUCAAUUUAUAACAGUCUUUUAAAAAGCUUGUUAUUUUGAAACAGAGUAGCAAACAUCCUUAAUUUUAUAAGGUACUGUGGAAUGUGGAUUCAUUAUUAUUUGUGGGAUAUCUAUUUUGAUGGAUUUCGUGGGUAUAAGUGAAGAACGAAUUUUAAUGUUUGCCAAAAUAAAAAGUUCUAAAGGUUUGUAAGCAGACUUUGGCAAAACUAAGAACUAAAUUAUCCACGAAAAUACAAUUUUUCUCAAUCCACGAAAAUUGGUACCCAUAAACAUAAAUGAGUCCACAGUUAUUUAGUAGAUUGCAUCUACACAAGGAAUAGGUGCUGUACUUAAAGAGUUUUUACCUUCAGUCUGACUAAAAUAAAGCCUUCCUCACAGUCAAUGGUGGGUAGUACAAUAAAGUCUAUCC